AUAAUGCAUAAGCGCUACACAUAUUUCCCAUUGCGUCCAUGCGUGAACCAUUUCAGCCACAACCAUCCUUUACGGCCUAUCGAUGGGAUACGAGAAGAUGACGAGCUUAUUUGCUCCGGUUGCGGCCUACAAGUCAGCGGUUCGACCUUUAUAUGCGUCAAGUCCGACUGCGAUUUCCUUCUUCAUAAAUCGUGUUUCGAAUUGAAACCGUUAAUGCAACACCAAUCUCACCCCCACCACCUUCUCCAACUUCUUCCCACCCCUCCUCGCGACGAUCACGGCUCCGGAAUCUUCGUUUGCGAUGCUUGCGAUGACUACGGCACCGGUUUCGACUACCGCUGCUCCCCUUGCGAUUUCGAUCUCCAUGCCGGAUGUGCUCGGCUGCCCCAAACGAUAAAGCAUGUGGAUCAUCAACAUCGGCUCACGCUCUACUACUCCUUCUCGUGCAUCAACCAUAGCAUUACAUCAUUUGAAUGUGAUGUUUGUGGCCAACAUGUAGGAAACAAACUCUGGGUUUACUAUUGCAAGGAAUGCGAUUUUGGCAUCCAUCUCCGAUGUACGAUUCCGGAUCGUAUCGAUGGUUUAUCUUGA